AUGACCGAUUCUUCGUUACAGGAGCGAGACGAUCAUUGUCGUAGAGGAAACGAGGAGCGAAAGCAGAGACACCCAUCAGAACAAGAACACAGGAGAGACAGAAGUGGUGACAGAGAUAGACACAGAGACCACUCAGACAGAAGGAAGAACCCAAACGAAAGGCCCGGAGUUCGAGGCCACGAGCGAGAGAGGGAUGUUCAGAACAUCCGUGAGCAGCAAGCAGAGAGGGAGUUUUAUAACGAGAGAAGACGGGAGCAUCGACAAAAUAAUGAAGGCAGUGGUGUUGACCAGAAUCCAGAACUCGGGCAAUCUGAGAACAAACCUAAAGAAAAAGCUUCUGUAAACAAAGAGAAGCCAAGCUUUGAACUGUCUGGUGCGCUUCUGGAGGACACCAACACUUUCCGAGGUGUUGUGAUUAAGUACAGCGAGCCCCCCGAAGCUCGGAUCCCGAAGAAGCGGUGGCGUCUCUAUCCUUUCAAAAACGAUGAGUUUCUCCCAGUCAUGUACAUUCACAGGCAGAGCGCUUAUCUCCUGGGCAGGCACCGCAGAAUCGCAGAUAUCCCUAUUGACCAUCCCUCCUGCUCCAAGCAGCACGCCGUGUUUCAGUACCGGCUUGUGGAGUACACGCGUGCCGAUGGAACCGUGGGCCGCAGAGUGAGGCCCUACAUCAUCGACCUGGGCUCUGGGAACGGCACUUUUCUAAAUAACCAGCGGAUUGAACCUCAGCGUUACUACGAACUGAAGGAGAAGGAUGUGCUGAAGUUUGGGUUCAGUAGCAGGGAAUAUGUUCUUCUCCAUGAGUCUUCAGAUAAAUCUGAGGCCAACACAAAGGACGAUGAUGAGGAGGAGGAGAAGGAGGAAGAGUCUGACAGUUAACAGAUGAGAAAGAAAGUGCCGGGGGGCAGGGGAGGGAAAUUCCUUGCAGUCGAACAUGCAUUGGGAUGUAAACGUUGGGGCAUCACAGCACUGAUGCCUCUUACUGCCUUAAAGUCCUUUUUCUGUU